AUGAGGGGAGAAUCUUACUUCAUUGGAAUGAGGAGCCUGGGGCAGCAGGGGCACAUCCCAGAGGAUGGAGGACUUUUUUUACUCUGCUGCAUAGACAGAGACUGGGCUGUAACUCGGUGUUUUGCAGAGGAAGCCUUUCAAGCAAUCACUGACUUCAACGACCUCCCCAACUCAUUGUUUGCGUGCAACGUUCACCAGUCAGUGUUUGAAGGAGAAGAGAGCAAGGAAAAAUUUGAGGGUCUGUUUCGGACUUACGAUGACUGCGUGACGUUCCAGCUGUUUAAGAGUUUCAGACGUGUCCGAAUAAACUUCAGCAAUCCCAAAUCUGCAGCCCGAGCCAGGAUAGAGCUUCAUGAAACCCAGUUCAGAGGGAAAAAAUUAAAACUCUACUUUGCACAGCUUACUUCCAGAACAAACGUUGCCAAAGAAUCUGCUUUGAGCUCCCUUCCCCUUUAUCAUCCCCCUUUUUCUUGCCUUUCAGGAGAGAAGUAUGAGCUCCAUGCAGGAACUGAGUCCACCCCAAGUGUCGUCGUGCACGUGUGCGACAGUGACAUAGAGGAAGAAGAGGAUCCAAAGACUUCCCCAAAGCCAAAAAUCAUCCAAACCCGGCGUCCCGGCCUGCCACCCUCCGUGUCCAACUGAGCUCACCGCUCCGCCUCAACGAUAAUAUCUGUCUCCUCUUUAUCAUGCUUUCUUGCCCUCUGUUGUUUGUUUGUCGAAAAAAAAAAAAAUAAUUGCCUUUCAAUCCCUGGGUGUUUGGUUGUUUGAGAUUCCUUCCUUGUAAUCAAGCCUCUCGGACAAAAGGGCUAGGAAAAGGUGAUAAGUUUCCUGAUCAUAUCAUACCCAUUGAGUAAUAAUCCAUUAUUUAGAAGGUUCUAGGGAGAAAAGGUAGUAUUUUCUUAUUAAAGUAUCAGCACAGCCUAUAUCUUCAUUCUCCCAUGUUGAUCCAAGCCAGAGACAUCAGUAACAAAUAGCACUCGUGUUGUUUGUGAUCUGUUUCAGUCCCAGUCCUGACGUGUGUGCGUUGUUUCUUCCUGGCCACUUAAGUAGGACCAUAAGUAAACUUGACUUUGACUGCAUGAGAUAUCCCUAUCUGGUCUCACUCAGUCCUUUGCAUCCCAACAUUCCCAGGACAUGCAUGAUCACCAGCAUUUAUUUUCAUGAUUCGAGGAUAUACUAUAACUCACAGAUUGUCAGCAUCCAGCCAUGUCCUAUCUAGACUAGAAAAAUUAUCAGCAUCAUCCAGCUCAACAAGUCUGGGUAUAUCCACUAUUUUGAGUCAAUACUUCAUAGCUCUAUUAAAAUUCCUGGAGGCAACACUGAGCUUGGCCCCAAAGAUAUUCCUCCGUAGAUUUUGAACACCACUUCCGUAGAGUACUUUCCCAGACUCACGGGGGAGGCUUGUCCAGGGUGAUAGAGACCGAUUUCAGACAAACCUAUUUAUUACAAAAGUUUCAUGGUGUCUGAAUGAUUGUUUUUUCUCUUUGUAUAUUUGUACAAAUGUUUCAGCUGUGCUUUUAAAAUCUGGAUGUUUUUUAUUUAGUGAUUGUUUAGCUGCUUAAAAACAUAACACGUGCAUUGCUUAUGAAUGCGUUCAUAUACUAAUACAGAUAAUCUGAUAAUAUUAUGCUCUAUUAUGGAUAAUGCUGAAUUUUGGAAGGGCACAAAACUUCUCAUGCCAAUAUGUAAAUGAUUAGCCAACAUCUUUGCUAUCAAGAACACUUGUUUCCAAAUAAAGUGAAGAGGCAAGUGUCCGUCGUAGACAAUUUGGAUGCAGCUAGAUCGCCAGAAUGUAGCGGCCACUGAGUGUUUGAAAAAGGAAAGGAUGGUAGAUCAACAAACGUAUACCAAUCCUACUCAUGCAAUGGCCAUGUUGCUCAAAAACAUUUGUUUUCGUCACAUGUGAUAUUUCUAUUUCUGUAGCCCGAAGUGCAUUACCGAAGAUACACCUAUAAAACCAUUACCUUCUGCUAUAUGUGCAAGGCCUCAUCUCCUGCUGUACAUUAAUGAAUUACUUUAGAUGCAAACGCCAGUUACCAGGGAGUGGGGAAAUACUUUCAUUACCCAAGCCUCAGAAAAACACGCGAGAACGAUAACACAGCCAUCUUAUGGAAGGAUUGUUGUGGUUUUUGACUAAGGUGUAUGUUAGUUUCAUCAGAAACUUAAAACAGACUGAUCACUCAGAAAUUAAAAAGUCCGUUCUACUGUGAAUAAAGCAAUAUCGUACUGGACACAGGUGAAACUGAGGACAGCGCUGCUUGUAAAACCCUGAGUUUCCAUGAGAAGAAAUGCAGGCUUCUUUUAAAAAUAAAAUCUGAGGAGUGUAUAAAAAGCAAAUGCUUUGACUUGACUUUGCUGCGGAGGUUUUUGGUUUUUCAUUAGCGAAUGGAAGAUUAGACUUAAAAGUGGAGGAAUGCUGCCCUCUAGUGGAAGAAAUAUUUUCUGAGCUCUUGAGACUGACGGAGAACGGCCGCCUUCAGCCAUUUUGUGCUGAACCUCUUCGCAGUCUUCUGGGGGUCGUUUGACUUUUUAAGCUACUCAGAGUUUUCAGGAUGCAGGUUCUAAAGAAAUAUGGAUGAGGAAAACAUAUUUGGAAAUAAUUUCGUAAGUGUUUUAAAGCAGAUACCAUCAGUCAUUUCCAGCCAAAUUUAGCCAAAGUUAAAAUGACCAUCCUGUGUAGUCACAAAAUAAAAACACAGUGGAGUGGAUGACCUAAGUGGUUAGUCUCGGUGAAGUUUAUUGCGACGUUUCCAUGUUAAUCUGUCUCAGGUCAAGUAGUUCUUUCAUUAGGUUGGGUUUGGGGAGAGGGAAAGAGGAACUUUUCCCAGGAGAGCAGUAAGCAACGGGGAGCCCUUGGUGUCAGGGGGCCCUCUCUGCACUGUGACAGUCAGAAUUGCCUCAGCAUUUCCAUGACGCACCUUAUGCAAACCUCUUUAGCACUACUUUCAGUUUGAAAAGUUUAAAUAUGGAGGGGAAGGGGGAGAUUUCCACCAACCGAAUCAUUUGUGCACGUGUACAGCUCAAAGAGCUUAGACUUCAAAUAUACCUGGUGAAUGACUCUU